GGCGGCUGGAGCGGAGCGGGGCUGUGGGCCGCGCCGGGUGGGCGGGCGGGGGCUGCGGCAGCUGCAGCCCCGAGCCGAGCCGAGCUGUCCGAGCGGGAGCUGCCCGGCCCGCGCUGCUGCUCGUGGCGGGGCGAGGAAAGGCAGCAGAAUGGCCAGCAUGCUGUCCCGGCGCCUUGGGAAGCGUUCUCUCCUGGGAGCCCGCGUGUUGGGGCCCCCCGGGGCUGCCCCACCCUCAGAGCCUCAGACUGAGCUGCUGGAAGGGGCGGCUCCCCAGCCCUUCCUGGCCUCCAAGGACACUUCCUGCCAGGAGCAGCCCAAGGAAAUCCUCAAGGCUCUCAGCACCUCAGGCCUCCAGCAAGUGGCCUUUCAGCCUGGGCAGAAGGUUUAUGUGUGGUAUGGGGGUCAAGAGUGCACAGGACUGGUGGAGCAGCAUAGUUGGGCAGAGGAUAAGGUGACGGUCUGGCUUUCGGAUCAGAAGCUACAAAUCUGCUGUAAGGCAGAGGAGGUGUGGCUGGCCGAGGCCCAGGGCUCUGUGCCCCAGGCACCUCCUCUGGAGCCGGGAACCCCAGUACCAGCCUACAGGCCUGUCUCCAGAAACAUUGAUGUCCCAAAGAGGAAGUCAGACGCGGUGGAAAUGGAUGAGAUGAUGGCGGCCAUGGUGCUGACGUCCCUGUCCUGCAGCCCCGUCGUGCAGAGCCCUCCCGGGGCUGAGGCCAACUUCUCAGCUGCGCGAGCUGCUGGUGAUCCGUGGAAGGAGAGCGGUGACGUGUCUGACAGCGGCAGCAGCACCACCAGUGGGCACUGGAGUGCUGGCAGUGGCAUUUCUACUCCCUCGCCUCCCCACCCCCAGGCAAGCCCCAAGUAUUUGGGGGAUGCCUUUGGUUCUCCCCAGACUGAUAAUGGGUUUGAGACCGACCCGGAUGCUUUCCUGUUGGAUGAACCGGCUCCACGCAAAAGAAAGAACUCCGUGAAGGUGAUGUACAAGUGCCUGUGGCCAAACUGUGGCAAAGUUCUGCGCUCGAUUGUGGGCAUCAAACGACAUGUCAAGGCCCUCCACCUGGGAGACACCGUGGACUCAGACCAGUUCAAGCGGGAGGAGGAUUUCUACUACACAGAGGUGCAGAUGAAGGAGGAAGCUGCUGCUGCUGGUGCCACCACAGCCGACCCAGCUCCCACCCCUGGCAUGACCAGCCCGCCCCUCGCACUCCUUCCACCACCUCCUGCAAAAACCCAGUCCUCAGGCCCAGAACACCCUGGCCUGGAGUCUUACCUGCCCUCUGGUGCUCUCAGCAAGUCAGCUCCUGGCUCCUUCUGGCACAUUCAGGCUGACCACGCGUACCAGGCCCUGCCGUCCUUCCAGAUCCCUGUGUCGCCACACAUCUACACCAGUAUUAGCUGGGCUGCCGCCCCCUCCACGGCCUCCUCCCUCUCUCCAGUCCGGAGCCGGUCGCUAAGCUUCAGCGAGCCCCAGCAGCCACCACCGGCAGUGAAAUCUCACCUGAUUGUUACUUCUCCACCCCGGGCCCAGAGCAGUGCCAGGAAAGCCCGCGGAGAGGCUAAGAAGUGCCGGAAAGUGUAUGGCAUCGAGCACCGGGACCAGUGGUGCACGGCCUGCCGCUGGAAGAAGGCCUGCCAGCGCUUCCUGGACUGAACCUGUCCCACCGGCCUGUCCUCUUCGUGCCCUGCCCCAACUGGCAGCCAGAUGACAAAAGACAGCCGAGUCACAAGCCCUCGGCAGAAGCCUAAAAGAUGAAGAGUGGACAUUGGGAGUUUGGGCUCUGUUGGCUAAGGUUCAGUUGUUAAAACAUUUCCCACCCCCUCACCCUUUUUGGGAACAUUUUAGUUUUUUUUAAAAGAAGAAAGGAAAAUAACCCCCACGCCAAAAUAGGAGAGAGCCAAAACUGACCAAGGGUAUUCUGCAGUGAACCAGAGACCAAAGAAUUAAUUACCCUCUCUUUCCACGUCUCUCUCUAGGGGAUUAGUUUGCAUGUCUCAAAAGACAGAACAGCUCAUUCCAUUUCCUGCUGAGUUGGUGAAGUCUUUGCUUUCUCAACUCUUCCUGAAGGGACUGUGAGCAAGAUGGAUUUACUUUUCUUAAAAAAAAAAAUUCUGGCUGAUGAGUCCAAGAGCAGGACCUGUCAUGGGUAGGGUGGGGAGAGUGGGGUGGGGGGAGGGGAAAUCUGUGCACUUUUUAAGGUGCAGCCGGCCCCUCUUCUCCCCCCCAAAUCUGGGAGAAGGGAGAGCCUGUUCUCACCGAGUGGCUUCCAUGGAAGUAAAAGGAAAACCCUUUCUUGAUGACAACGAUUUGAACCUGGGGUCCCUCAGCUGUUGGGUUGUUUCCCAACAAAUACUGUAUGGCUUCUUCUCAAAGCCCAGACUAGUAGGUUUUUAAAGACUGUCCCCAGAUAGCUGAGCCAAAAGGCUAUAUGAAUUCACUUUUUUAAAAUGUGGCAGUUAAACACUAACUACCUUGACCAUUUCCCCCUCUUUCCUUGAGGAAAAGCUGGAGGGUUUCAGGAUCUGUGAAUGCCCUCUGCUGUUCUCUGAGUAAAUGAACUCCCUCUUGAUGUUCCUGCCUCCAGUUAUGGACAUGACACCUCCGAAACACCUUGUGUUCUUUUCCCCGUGCAUUCAGAGCCUUUUAUCUGAUUAAAGUUCCCUUCUGCUGGGGGAAGAGGCCCCCUUUGGCAUGCCCUGCACAGGUUCCUCUGUCUGGUUUUCCCAGGGAUUGUCCUGUUUCCUCCCAAGGCUGCGGUUAGGGGUCGUGUGGGGGGAGGGAAGAGAAGAAGAGGUAGAAAGGUAGGUGGCAGCUUGCCCCAGAGAUGGAGAGGGAGUUGGCAGGUUCCAGAUCGUUCUCCCAGGAGAAUCCAGUUUCCCUCGUGAGGUGAGAAGUGGGAAGGACAUCUCUCCCAUCAGUGUUCACAGCUUCUGGAUUUUUAUCUGUGUCCUUCCAAUCCCUGUGAUGAUGGGAAGGUCGGUUUGAUCCCGAGUAACCUUCUCAGGUUAUUUGCUGAGCACUGUUUCUUGCCUGCAGAGGGGAGAGGGAAGGAGCCCCGAGGAACUCCGGUGAGGAGGGGUCAGAUUAGCAGCUUCUGGGCUUUAGCACUUGUGGUUUCUGGAGCCCUCAAGGACUGAGAGGAGCCUGCAUUGGGGUUUGCGAAGUAAAUUAGCAAAGCUAUUCUGGUUGAUGUGAAGGGAGAUGUAGGUGGGGAGUUCAGUGCCCUCCCAUCUGUGCUUAAUAGAGAUCAGACAUGCUUAGCCCUCAGGGGAGGGCACGUUUUGUUUGGGAGCUC